AGGUUGAGAACUAAUUUUUCUGUCGCUGAGCUAAUAAUAAGAAAACCCAAGACGGAGAACAGCGGUGUGUACACCCUCAAGGCUAUCGCAAGGAUGAAAAAUUUAACAGCCGAGGCCUCUGUAAACAUCUCCCUCACCAUACAUGGCAAGCCUUACGUGACUUUGCAAGCUGCAUCAGCUCAUGACAACUUGCGCAGUGGCUUAGCAACGUUUAAACGCAACACUUGGGUUCAGAUUACUUGCAGUAUCAAAGGCUACCCAGAGAGUAAUCAGAGCUGGUUCUUUCAGCAAUGUCGUCCACCCAACUGUUCAAUGAAUGACAGCCUGUGGGAGGAAGUGGUCCACAACAAGGACACCAGCAGCCCUGUACACAAAGGAAACGGGAACGUUGUGUACAGUCUACUGGUCCAAGCUCAGACCUCUGGUUACUUUAAGUGCCAGGCUGAAAACACAUUUGGUGAAGUGUCACACACGCUGUUGGCUGUUGUUUCAGGUGAGAGAGGAAUACUGAACGUCACUGAUGAUGCUAGUAGAAUGCUGGCUUUUGGAGACACUCUGGAAGUCAAGUGUACAGCUAACAGAUGGUUGUACAGCACCGUGACCUUUGUCACCAGCAACUCCUCAUGUAUUGGUGGGUCAGCCGCCGCCGCUGCCUUCAGGGCAAGGCCCGCUUGCCUGUUUUUUGCAGAUGAGGGGCUCAAUGUCACCUCAGGCGACUCAGCCAACGCUGAACGUGGUUCAUCCAAUGGAACCAACAGUACAGAAACCGCUGUGUUAAAUUUAAACCACAGUGCUGGACACACCAUGCCCCCACCUUAUGCUGUCCUGCCCAUUGUGACAGCUCUAGAACCUGGCAUUAAUGUGACUUACAAUAGUUCUGGAGAUUACCUUAUUGUCAUCAUGCGCUGGAGCUCGUUAAAAGAAAGUGACAAGGGGCGCUACUACUGCGCAGCAACCACUUUUGAAAAUGUUACGCACACAUUGAGUUAUGAGAUGACUGUUUUUGAUGUCAAGAAACCUGAAAUUUACCAUCAAACGACUGGUUCACGUCGUGUCAGUAUUGGCUCCAACGCAGCAUUUCAGUGUGGCAUCACAGGAUUGCCUCCCCCUACCAUUUUAUGGUUUAAAGAUGAUAAACGCAUUGAAGUUUCAGAGAAAGAUACAGAGAAAUCAAAUUAUGUUUUACAUGACCACAGUUUGACAAUAAAAAAUGCAUCAAAGGCCGAUGAAGGGAAUUAUCAGUGCAUGGGAAAAAACAGGGGCGGACAAGUCUGGAGUUUAAACAUGACUUUAUUAGUGGGUGAUGCCCCUAGCCAAGCUGGUUUCAUGCCUGCCUACAUUGGAAUCAUCAUCGCUAUAGUGGUCAUCAUUUGCAUUAUAUUUAUCAUCGUCAUCAUACGUCUGAAGCGCUCCAAAAAUGUUUUUCACAAAGAACUGGAGAACUAUCUUAUACAACCAACUGGCUAUUAUAACCCUGACCUUCCUGUUGAUGAGCAAACAGGUUGUUUGCCUUAUGAUCCUAAAUGGGAGUUCCCUAAAGAUCGUCUAAGAUUAGGAAUGAUUCUUGGUCAGGGUGCUUUUGGCCGAGUGAUGAAAGCCGAGGCCAUUGGUAUACACGCUGGUGAAGACGUCACAGUUGUAGCCGUAAAAAUGGUCAAAGAUUGUACGGACAAAGAGCAGAUGAUGGCUCUUCUGUCAGAGUUGAAAAUUCUCAUUCACGUUGGCCAGCAUUUGAAUAUCCUCAAUUUGCUUGGCGCUGUGACCAAAGACAUCAGAUUUGGAGAGUUAUAUGUCAUUGUAGAGUAUUGUCAUUUUGGAAACCUCAGAAGUUACUUGAUCAACAACAAAUCACAUUUCCAAGACACCAUGGAAGACACUGAGGACCCCAUUGCCUUUGCCAAGAGACAGAUAGCUGCAGGGGCUGAUAAAAAAGAUCCCUACUAUGUAAACAAGGCUGGGGGACCUAUGGGGAGUGCCGAUGUUUUAGGGCCAAACCUGACCACCAAAAAUUUAUUUUGCUGGGCAUAUCAGGUUGCCAGGGGAAUGGAGUAUCUUGCUUCUAAGAAGUACAUUCAUCGUGACUUGGCCGCUCGUAAUGUGUUACUGGCUGAGGACAAUGUUGUCAAAAUUUGUGACUUUGGAUUGGCUAAAGACUUGUACAAGGAUGUUGAGUAUCACAAGAAGGGAGAUGGCCCAGUGCCUGUCAAAUGGAUGGCGUUAGAGUCUUUUACUCACAGAAUCUACACAACAAAGAGUGAUGUGUGGUCAUAUGGUAUUUUAUUAUGGGAGCUCUUCACAUUAGGUGGCAACCCCUACCCAGGUGUUGAGAUCAAUGAGAAGUUUAUUGGUCUGCUCAAGUCCGGCUACAGGAUGGAGAAACCUCCCUAUGCCAGUGAAGAGCUGUACAAAGUUAUGCUGCAGACAUGGAAGGUGGAGCCAGAGGACAGACCCACCUUCUCACAACUUGUAGCCGCCAUUGGGGAUUUCCUGGAAGCCAACGUUAAACAGUAUUAUUUGGAUCUGUCAUCACCAUACAUCAAAAUGCUGAGUGACGAGGAAUGUGAAUCUAGUGAGCCCAACAUUGCUACAGACAGUGACGGGUACCUCAAGAUGUCACCCACCCUCCAUCCCAGUUACCUCAACAUGAAGGACAAACCCUCGACUGAAACUAAAUUCACUGAGGAAACUGAAAGCAAGCCACCUCGUUACAUAAACUUGAAGAGGUGGAAGGACGAACAGGCGGAUGAGGUGGAGUUAGAGCCCUUGAAUAAAGAGGCCAGGAGACUCUCUGUACCAGAUACCAUAGCACCAGGCUUUACACCAGCCUCAGAGCUACAGGUUCACAUUGUUGCUGAGGUACACAGCCAGGAGGACAACGACAGCGGCCACAGCAGCAGCUACGAGGGCACCGCCAUUGGGGGUGUUGACGCAGACGACUACCUAGUCCCAGUUUCUCUUCAAGAAAAAAAAUCUGCCGCGCCAGAGGAUGUGGAUGCUGCGCCAACGUCACCUGCCUACGUCAACCUCCCAAGCUCAAGCGUCAAGGACACCAAGCUCCCUCGUUAUCUCCGCUCGCCAUUGUCAGGCAGUGCCGGAGCCAAACCGACUGAGAAAGCCCAGAGAGAAACAGGGGAGUUCACCCCCAGCGGCGUGGCAGUCAGCAACCUGGGCUACAGCUCCACCGCCCCUGUUUCCAACAGCGGCGUCAGCUCCCAGAAACAUAAACCUCUCUCGCCUGACAGCGGCUUGCCCCGUUACCAAGGAAACUCUAAACCCGCAGGUGCCAGACCUGCUGCCGAGCUGAAAACUAGUCGCCCCCCUUCUCUCACCACCCCACUGUCACCGCUAACGAACCCCUUCGCCAAAUAUCAGCUACCCCGCCCAGCAUCUUCAGCGGAACCACCUAAUCCAUCAAACGACGGCGCCGCCCCUGGAAGCAGCCAGCCAUCAUUAGAUGCAGUUAAAACACGGUUAGCUAAAACAAGAAAUGGAAUGGGACCCAGCCGGUUCGGCUCAAACACGUCCAGCGGCUACAACUCUGAUUUUAGCCCGGUUGAACCAGUACCUCCACAAGAUUACCGCAUGGUAUUAGAGGAUGUCACUGAGACAGACAUUCUUGUUUAGACAGACUUAACAAGUGGCAUUUUCGUACCUGCAUCAGUUGGCUCAGUUUUGCUUUAAGUAGUUUAACAAAGACACUUACAUACGAAGCAUCAAAUCUCCUGUAAAUUAAUUUGUAUUUUGCUCACUAUAAAUAUAUCUUUUAGUUGAACCUCUCCAUUUUUUAACUUUAAAACUUUGAACAAUAUUUAUCUUCCAAGAUAGUUUACCGCCUAAGAACUACAAGAUUCAAUAUUAAAAUGAUUUCUACAAUAAACUUCUAAAAUAGCCCUAAUUUUUAUCAUAAGAAAAAUUAUUUAUGGAACGGUGUUAAAUUAAAAAAAUUAUUAAUUUAUUUAUAAAAUAAAAAUGUUAUCACUUCAGUUUAAUACUCAAUAACUUCAAAUUUUUUGUUCUCUGUUAAUUAAUUAUUUAAUGAGCAUAAAUUUUAUUAAAAUAAAAAUGCCAAAUUUUGAAAACUUAAUUUUUUACUGAUAAAGGCUACAGUUCUUAACAAAAGUUUCUAAACCUUGAAGAGUUACAUUUUAACUCCUCAGAAUAUUUGAAAAUUAGUGGUCUAGUUUGUUUUCAAAAGUUUGUACUAGAUAAUAAUUCAGUAUAACAAUACAACUGGUCAAACUUUUCUUUUAGUAUUGAAUCCAAUGUCAUCCUGACACAUUCACUAUACAGUAUUAAAACAUUGUUUACCUUGUCAAUGGGUAAUUUGUGAUUAAGUUUUCAAAAUAUAACAUGUUUAGUUUUUAUUAAAAUAAAUAGUGUACCCGAUGAAUUCAACAUUAAAUUCAAUAUUAAGUUAAAAAAAAAGCAUUUGGAAAACAUAAGACAAAGAAUAAAAAUCACAGUAACAAUAAAGAAAUUUAAAAAAAAAAUACUUUAAUCUUUUGCGCAUCAAAUUAAACUACAAUGAAACUUUGAGGACCUCAAAAUCAUGAACAAACUUAAAAGUUCCAGAGUGUCAAUAUCUUAACCAAUUACAGGACCUUAAAAACUUGUUUGUUUAGACUCACAACAUUGAAUAAAUUUUAAAUGCAGUUUAAUAACAUUCAACCAGUGCAACCUCAUAAAUAUUUUGUCAUUAAAAUAAUCUUCUAGUUUCAUUUCCCACAAGUACACAAAUUAUGAUAUUAACUUUUAAUUUACAUUAGCAUUGGUAGUAAAAAUUUUAAAAUGUAACAUUAAGACACUUCCAUUUCUUUAUAUAAUUUUUUUAAAAAUAAAUAUUAUUCAUACACAACUUAAACUAUGCAAGUAUGUGCAUAUAAUACUUCUUCUACCUUUAAUAAAUUAUGUAGAUUAAAUUUUUAAAAACUGUAAAAAAAAAAAAUCACAUUUUUACGAGGUCAUGUUGAGGCAGCUUCUCUCAAAUACAAUGCCGAUUGUUUAAGAAGAAAGCUUGAAUCAACUUUAGAUUACCUUUCACCAUUAUUAGAUUCCUUUAGAUGUUUCAUUUAUAGUUUUUCCUUUCCUAGUAGAAUGUAGAUGAUGAUAGUUUGCUUUGUUUUGUUUUGAAAUAUUUUUUGGUACAAGUAUUUCUGUCAAAUUUAGAAGCUGUAAUUUUUAUAACCAUUGUAAAAAAAAACAACUUUUUGUUGUGUAUUUGAAAAUUGGAAAUACAUUUAUUAAAUUAUUUGAUUUAAAAUUGGUUAAAUUUUUUAAAAAUUGUCCAGUCAUGCAGUCUUUGAAAUCAGGAACUUAUAUAGACAAUGUGAGGUAUUUAAAAAAACAUGCGACUUAAUAAUUUUUAAAUAAAUUACGGUCAAGAAUACAUUUUUAAAAAUUGAUUAAUCCACAUCAAAAUGCGUUUUCAAGCACAAGGAUGUCUGUUGUAGUACUAUCUUACACAAGCUAUGUGCAAUCCUUUCAUUGGAGUUCUCUGCAAGUAUUUCUAUCAGUCAAAUUAAUUUGUUGAUUUUUCUUUAAAGGUUUGUUGACAGUAUUCACCCACACAACACAAUGUCUUACACCGCGUUCACACUUGCUACAUGUAUA